AGUCGGAGGGCGGGGAGCUCGGGAGAAGCUGCCCGAGAGUUGUGUGGACUAGUGACUGGGAGAAGUCGCAGCCGGUUUGGGUCGGCUGCUUCCCGCUCCCAGUCUCCGGCUCUCACACACCCACUCCGUCUCCCGCCCGGCCCGCGCCUCACUGCCUCACCCUCCCGGGGCCCCUGCCCGGCGCUCUCCGGGCCGCGGCGCAGUGGGGGUUCCCCGGGGGUACCCUCGCCCUGUGCGGGCGGGCGGGAUGUGGCGCCUAGUGCCCCCGAAGCUGGGUCGCCUGUCCCGCUCGCUGAAGCUGGCGGCGCUAGGCAGCCUGUUGGUGCUCAUGGUGCUGCACUCGCCGUCGCUGCUCGCCUCUUGGCAGCGCAACGAGCUGACCGACCGGCGCUUCCUGCAGCUCAAUAAGUGCCCGGCGUGCUUCGGCACGAGCUGGUGCCGCCGCUUUCUCAACGGGCAGGUGGUGUUCGAGGCGUGGGGCCGCCUGCGACUGCUGGACUUCCUCAACGUGAAGAACGUCUACUUCGCGCAGUACGGCGAGCCCCGUGAGGGCGGCCGCCGCCGAGUGGUGCUCAAGCGCCUCGGCUCGCAGCGCGAGCUGGCGCAGCUCGACCAGAGCAUCUGCAAGCGGGCCACCGGCCGGCCGCGCUGCGACCUGCUCCAGGCCAUGCCCCGGACGGAGUUCGCGCGCCUCAACGGGGACGUGCGCCUGCUCACGCCCGAGGCGGUGGAGGGCUGGUCGGACCUGGUGCACUGCCCCUCGCAGCGCCUGCUGGACCGCCUGGUGCGCCGCUACGCCGAGACCAAGGAUUCCGGCAGCUUCCUGCUCCGCAACCUCAAAGACUCGGAGCGCAUGCAGCUGCUGCUGACCCUGGCCUUCAACCCCGAGCCGCUGGUGCUACAGAGUUUUCCUUCGGAUGAGGGUUGGCCAUUUGCAAAAUAUCUUGGAGCAUGUGGAAGAAUGGUGGCUGUAAAUUACAUUGGAGAAGAACUGUGGAGUUACUUCAAUGCACCAUGGGAGAAAAGAGUUGACCUUGCUUGGCAAUUAAUGGAAAUAGCAGAGCAACUUACAAACAAUGACUUUGAAUUUGCACUCUACCUCCUGGACGUCAGCUUUGACAAUUUUGCAGUUGGUCCUCGAGAUGGGAAGGUAAUCAUUGUGGAUGCUGAAAAUGUUUUGGUUGCUGACAAAAGAUUAAUUAGACAAAAUAAACCUGAAAAUUGGGAUGUAUGGUAUGAAAGCAAAUUUGAUGAUUGUGAUAAAGAGGCAUGCUUGUCAUUCUCAAAAGAAAUUCUUUGUGCUCGUGUCACUGUGGACCACAAUUAUUAUGCUGUUUGUCAGAACCUGUUAUCCAGACAUGCCACUUGGCGUGGUACCUCUGGAGGACUUCUUCAUGAUCCACCAACUGAAAUUGCCAAAGAUGGCCGACUCGAGGCCUUACUGGAUGAAUGUGCCAACCCAAAGAAGCGCUAUGGCAGAUUCCAGGCAGCAAAGGAACUGAGGGAAUAUCUGGCACAAUUAAGUAAUAAUGUCAGGUAGUCUAAGGUGAACUUUACAUUUUUCUUUCCUCCAUUUAAAUAGCACUGGCAAAGCUAAACCAUCAGAAAUUAUCUGGAGAAAUGGAAUUUGGAAGUGGUAUAUUCAGAGGAUGCUAAAUGAGCACUGAUAUAUCUUACAUUAACAUCCAUCAAAAUAAGACAUUACUAUAAAAUUCAUGUGAUGCUUCUGCAAAUAAGUACUUUGGAGACUUGAGCUAUCAAUGACUGCUUUGCCCCUCCCCUAUGCCUGAGUGGAUUAAUGAAUAUUGUUAAGCUAUUGGAACUGAGUCUGAUAGUUACAUUGGCUUGUGUAUCAAAGGGUACUUGGUAACUUAGUUUGCAUUACUAUCAUGAUUUUGUGAAUCUCUUGCAUUUACUUUGAAUGUCAACUUAGAUUGGCCUGUUUUAUAGGCCACUUAUUCCUUCUAAUGUAUAGGUGUUUUAUUUUCCAUUUUUAUGAUUUUUUAAUUAUUACACAUUCAGGUUACUGUAGGGUUUCAUUUAAAUUUUAGCUUAGUUUUCAUUCAGUGCUAUGCGGUACAUAUUUACUAUUAGGGCAGGAGUCCCUAGUUUGCUGUGUUUUUUUCUGAAAGCUGAAUAUUUUAUUAUGUACAUACUUUUCUCUGCCUUCUGUGGUUUUACCAUUGCAUGACAUCAUUUCAGGUUUAAAGAUUUACAUCCUUCUGUGCCAGUAAUUAUAAAUGUACAUUGAACACAAAGUUCAGCAUAUGUUACAAAAUGUCAUUUCAUCUUUUACUAAAGGCUUUAAAAAGAGUACACUAGUAAUCUACACCUUGAUAAUUUUGGUUCAGAAAAAAUAUAACCUAAUAUUUUUAAAAUGCUAACUAGUCCAAGGUAGUAAUGCAUAUGCCAAAGAAAUACUAAACCUAGUCCUAUGUUUAGAAUUUAAAAUAGAAUUGGUCACCUGAUUCUUAUUACACUAUUUCCAAUAUUUUAGGUCUGUCAUUAUUCAGAUCUUCUUGGUUAUUCUUUAAGACAGGCUACUGUUUUUGAGAAUAUGUGACUUAAAGAUAUUUUAGACUUCUAGCAACUGAUAGUUUUGCAAAAUUAAAAUAGUAGUCAUUGAAUUUGACCAGGCAGCAGAACCUUUUUAUUUAUUGGUGGCUAAUAAUUUUUACUAUAUAGCAGAUUGUUAGCCAGUCUGCCCAGUGGGGUCUUUACCCAAUUGCUAAACAUCAAAAUAUUAAAUAACCAUGUGGAUCAAAAUCAGUAAAUUGUGAUAUUUGUAGGCUAUUUAAAAAGUUAUUCUGAUUAUAACUAAUGUAUGUAAUAUUUUUUCUGUUUGAAGUUAUUAUGUUUACAGCAAAGUUUGGUGUAGCGUGCAGUAGUUAAUUCUAGACUGACUUUACAGAAGUCAGAAAAUAAUUAAAAUAUCUACAACCAAAGCCAAGUUUUGUUUUUCAUUCAUUCAGUAACUAUUUAUUGAGCAUUGGUUUUGUGCUAGGCACAGCAGUAGCUGCUAUACACUGAACAUGUCAUAUAGUUAAAUAACUUUAUCAAAUACUUUAAUGUAGCUAUGUCUUAAGUUGAAAUUAUAUUAUUACAAUGAUGUGUUCACAUUAUUUGACUUUUUAAAAUUAGUUUUAAACCAUCUAAAAUUAGUUUGCUGCAAAAAAAGAGAAACAUGAAAUUAAUAAAGGUAUUUCCAGUUUUAAAACUGGCAAAGAAUAAGAAAUUCCCAUUAUAAAGUAGAUUGCAUUAUAUUAAUUUUUAUGUAUCAGUUCAUUGCAUAGCUCUCAAUGAAACAUUUAAGUGCUAAAGAAUUUUACUAAGAUGACUUUUUACAACUUUGAAAAGAUUUUGAAGGGAGUAGAAAAAAUCACUUGUCCAACAUUUCCUUCUUGACUCAAAACUAAAAAUAUAUAAUUUCAAAAGGGGACAUCUUUUAUAUUUCAUAAGUAUUCAUUACAAUGAAUACUUACAAUGACUUAGCUUACAUUUAUCUUACCUUUGGGAUGAGUGAUUGUAAUUGUGAUUUCAGAAUAGGAAAACACUGCCAGCAGUGAUUGCUACUAUUUGAGGUAGGUUUUUAUAACUACCAUCCCCCCCCCAUGAGAUUAUGUGGAAUUUCUUUAACUUUAGAAAAGAUUGAGAAGAGAGUAGAAGAAUUAGAAAUUUAAAAUUACAGGGAAAAAUAUGUAUGUGAAAAGCAAUAAAUAUUUUGUUCACUUUGCUAUCAAUAUAUUCACUAUUAGAUAUUUAUUAUACAGCAGCAAUUUAUAUUUUUAAUCAUUGCCCAUUAAUAGAUGCAGUAAAAUAUUUUUGAAUCAGACAUUUGGGGUUUGUAUGUGCAUUAAAAUUGUCUUUUGUACUGUAAGUUACUGUUUAAUUUGAAUAUUUUAUCAAAACUGUCUCCCUGUGCCUUUAUAAUAGAAAGUUGUUUCUACAACUUUUAAUGAUCUUAAUAAAGAAUACUUUAAGAAUCA